UUGCUUUUUGCCAGGUGCAUCGCUGGCAUACCGGGACUUUCUGUGGGUGUGAGCGUGGACGGACUGAACAGUAAUGGCUCAAGGGUUUGGUUUGCUAACUUGGAAAGCGGAAGUCGCUGUACAGGAGACACAGUAAUGCGGAUUGCCAGUAUCAGCAAACCGAUAACUGCGGCAAUCACUGCUAGGCUAGUGCAAGAUGGCAAACUAGAACUGGAUAAACCUAUACAGGCGUAUUUGCCUGAUUUCCCCGUUAAAAAAGUGGAUGGAAAGGCAGUGCAGAUCACCACACGGCAACUGCUAUCGCAUACUGGAGGCAUUCGACAUUACAAGAAAAAAGACGAGGAAGUGAGUCUUUCUGUCGUUUAG